CCCCGAACUCAGACAGCAGCACUUCGCGCGGCAUUGAAGUUGGCACUCGUUUGAAAUCUCUCAUUGCUUGAUAGUCAGUCAGUCUGUUCCUGUUAAAUAACCAGUGAAUGAAUUAAAUAAAUAUAAACACUCGCACGCGACCAUAUUAUAAACAUAAUAGUGAGAUCUCGUAUACCUUUUGUUCGCAUUGGCUACAGGGUAUUUACAACAAAAUAGCAGCCAAUCGUAAAUGCAACGAACCUUGGCGCGGCUCUGAUUUGAAAGUUGCUGCACAAAGUGAUUCUAAAGCACCAUGUUGGACCUGAUCCAACCAGGCAGCGAGGUGCUCAGCACCAACACCAGCAAUAUCAGUAACAACAACAAUAGCAGCGAUGUGGUUGUGGUGCGAGCCAAGCCCAAGAAGGUGUUCAAGCCAAAGGCUCGCAUCAAUCGCAUACCCCAGGAGCUGCUCGAUGACCCCGUGCUGCAGCAGGCCAUCGGCCGCCUGCCCUCGAACUAUAACUUUGAGCUGCACAAGACCAUUUGGCGGAUACGCGAGAUGAAGGCGAAGCGCGUGGCCCUGCAGCUGCCGGAGGGUCUGCUGAUGUACGCGAUGGUCAUUAGCGACAUCAUCGAACGCUUCACCAGCGCCGACACCGUCAUCAUGGGCGACGUCACCUAUGGUGCCUGCUGCGUGGAUGACUACACUGCCAAGGCACUGGGCGCGGAGCUGCUGGUGCACUAUGGCCACAGCUGCCUGAUACCCGUGGACCAGACCUGCGGCAUCAAAGUACUCUACAUAUUCGUGGACAUCAAGAUCGAUCCACUGCACUUCCUCGACUCUGUCAAGCUUAACUUCAAACCAGAAGUGGGUCAAAUAGCUCUGGUCAGCACGAUACAGUUUGUGACCACACUGCAGGCCGCCUCAACGGAGCUGAAGGCGGCCGGCUACGAUGUGAUAGUGCCCCAGGCCAAGCCCCUCAGUCCGGGCGAAAUACUGGGAUGCACCUCCCCGCAGCUGCCGGAAACGACGCAAAUGAUUAUCUAUCUGGGCGACGGGCGCUUCCAUCUCGAGUCUGCCAUGAUUGCCAAUCCGCUGCUUAAGGCCUACAAGUACGAUCCGUAUGAGAAAAAGUUCACCUUCGAGCAGUAUGACCAUGUGGCCAUGCAGGAUCUGCGUCUCGGUGCCGUGCAGCGCGCUAAGAAGGCACGACGGAUCGGCAUUAUUCUAGGAACGCUGGGCCGGCAGGGCAGCUCAAGAGUACACCGAUUUCUGGAGAAGCGACUGCAGGCGAAGGGAAUCGAGACCACAACCAUAUUGCUGUCGGAGAUCUUCCCCCAGAAGCUCGCCUUGUUUGCGGACAUCGAUGCUUUUGUGCAGAUAGCAUGUCCCCGUCUCUCAAUCGAUUGGGGCUCGGCCUUUAGCCAGCCUCUUCUGAAUCCCUACGAGCUUUCCGUGGUGCUGGGCGACGUGGAGUGGACGCCCCACAAUUCCUCACCGCGCAAUAGUGCAUAUCCAAUGGACUUCUAUGCCAGCGGCAGCCUAGGCCCCUGGACACCCAACUUCAAGCCGCCCGCCCUAGGAGAGUGCGAGAACAAGCCAUCCGCCGACUGCUGCGGCCGCUGCACGCGCGCCGAACUGGAGAAGGACGACACCGGCAAGGCGGCAGCAUUGGCCGAUUUGCUGGACUUUAAAAAGGGAUAAGCAAGCGCUGUGCUAACUCUGCCCCUGCCUAGCAGCCACACAGAGCCCUCCAUCUCAUGCGACCUACUGCUAAGUUAUUUAGAUGAUAAGGUCGUCUGUCCAAAUAUAAUGCUUACCUACUAAUUUAGUUAGUACAAAUUUGGUUUUUAAGGCUUAUAUUUUAGAUUAUUCAUGUGUUCAGAUCAAAUUUACAUAUGUAUGCAAUUUUAGUAUGUUCUCAAUAGCAUCUCUCUUAAGUUCUAGCAAUUUAGUUGAAUUUCCCAUAGCGAUGCAAUUGUUACAAUAACAGCAACAAUUUACAAUAUCUUUUAACAUUAAAAUAAUGUUUAAAACAA